AUGGUCCGAUUACUACUUUCAACGCGAUACGGCUCACCGUCGACCCCAAUCAUCGCAGCGGGGGCAUUCAUCACUCUCUGCAUAAUCUACUUGCUUCGCUAUAAUGGCCAGAUCACGCCGUUUUCCUCCAGGUCGUUCAGUUUCCGGACUUCGACAACAUCGGGAUUGAACCUGGACGCGAUCAACACGACAGCACAGUAUUUUGUUGACUAUCCUCUCGGGGCUCCUUACAAGAAGAUCUUUGGCGAACUCGGCGAACGGACAAAGAUCUUGCGCUCUUGGAUCGAGGCAUUGGAGGAAGACACUGGCAAAGGCAGCCGGCUUGUGGGGGCUGAGAGAGCAUUUUUGGCUGAGCAGGUCGAACGAGUCGCUGUAUCCUUGUAUCCUUACCUGCAAUCUCCGCCAAGAGACCCUCACAGCCAGUCACCUCUGGCGGAUCUCCGACGAAGCUUUCAGGGUGCUGAUACCCAUGUUCAGCACGCCCAACAGGCCGUCGAGGGCGGCGACGCCGGCGCCGCAGCAGCAACAGCAGCAGCCGACGCCAUCACCAACAAAAGGCUCGGCAACAAUAUUAACAAGUCGAGGAACGCUGGAAUUGUUAUACCCACAGGAUCAGGCACAUUGCGAUUUGCGUGCCAUUUGGUGGCGUCUUUGACGCGUGUGCAUCGGACCACGCUGCCAAUUCAGAUUGUUUAUGCGGGAGAAGAAGAUUUACCAGAGGAAGAUCGCAAUGCACUUGUCGAGGCUGCUGGGGCCGGCCCAGAAGGACACCUCGAGUUUCUGGACAUUCUAACGGUGUUCAACGAUACAACUUUGAGAUUGGCUGAAGGUGGAUGGGCCAUUAAGCCAUUUGCCGCUCUCGGAAGUCGGUUUGAGGAGGUUAUUUUGCUUGAUGCCGACGUCGUUUUCGUGCAACCUCCCGAACAACUCUUGCAACAGCGUAGUUACCGUGAAAAGGGCGCACUCCUUUUCCACGACCGAUUGCUUUGGAAAGGACAAUUCCCCGAAAGACACGAAUGGUAUCACGAGACGGUGAAGCACCCAAGCGAAGAAAUGCAGAAGUCGCUUGUCUGGACAGAGAGAUAUGCCGAAGAGGGCGACUCGGGUAUUGUCGUGCUGAACAAGAAGCGCCUUGACGUCUUUCUUGGCCUUUUGCACAUUGGCUGGCAAAACUCGUAUAUAGUGCGCAACUCAUGGACGUAUAAGAUCACUUAUGGCGACAAGGAGACAUGGUGGAUGGGGCUCGAGAUGACGGGGUCAAAAUACUCCUUCUCUCGACAUUACGGCGGCAUGGUGGGAUGGCGUAUCCCUAUGAAAGGGGAGCAGACGGAUAUGACGCAGGUGUGCAGUUUCGUGAUUGCACAUGUCGACGAGCUGGACACGCUGCUGUGGUACAACGGCGGGUUGUUGAAGAACAAGAUGGGCAACGUAACCGAGUUCGAGGUGCCAACACAUUGGAUGAUUGAUCAACAGUGGGUCAAAGGUGCGAGGAAGAAGGACAUGAGCUGCAUGGUUGGGACAAACCCACGAGAGUUGACGGACAACGAGAAAAAUAUUUUGCAAGCGAGCAUUGACGCCGCGAAGCAGGUAGACAGCACGCUUGAAUUGGUUUAG